UUUUUAUUUCGCAAGGAAGGAAGAAGAAGAAGCAACCUCUUCUCUUCUUUUCUUCACAGUGGAAGCAAUCUCCAUCCAUUCAUCCUACCAGUGUAGAGAGAAAUGAUUAGGAAAUUGUAGAUACGUACGAGAUUCAUAGACUCUCUCUGUGUUGUUGUAAUUAGAAGAAGAGGAGGAGUGAGUUAUGGCGGCAAAUGCGGGAAUGAUUGCUGGUUCUCAUAACCGGAAUGAGUUCGUCGUCAUUCCAAAUGAAGCCGGAGCCGGAGGAGAUCAUGAGAAGCCAAUGAAGAACAAUACAAGUGCUGGUCAAGUGUGCCAGAUCUGUGGAGACACUGUUGGGGUUAACGACAAGGGUGAUGUCUUUGUGGCUUGUAAUGAGUGUGCAUUCCCGGUUUGUCGGCCUUGUUACGAGUACGAGAGAAGAGAGGGGAAUCGCUCUUGUCCCCAGUGCAAGACUAGAUACAAGAGACUCAAAGGGAGUCCAAGGGUUGAGGGAGAUGAUGAAGAGGAUGAUAUUGAUGAUCUUGAGAAUGAGUUUGCAAGGAGGCGGUGGCAAGAAGAAGAUGUUGACCUUUCUUCAUCACAUGAGUCACAACUCCCUAUCCCACGUCUUACUAAUGGUCGCCAGGUAUCUGGAGAAAUGCCUGCAACACCAGAUAGCCAGUCAGUGCGAACCACACAAUCAGGUCCCCUGGGAGGUGAAAAGCGUGUUCAUUCUCUUCCUUAUCUAGACCCAAGUCGGCCAGUCCCUGUGAGAAUUGUGGACCCCUCAAAGGACUUGAAUUCUUAUGGACUUGGCAAUGUUGAUUGGAAAGAAAGAGUUGAGGGAUGGAAGCUCAAACAGGAGAAAAGUAUGACGCAAAUGACCAAUAGAUAUCCCGACGGAAAGGGGGACAUGGAAGGAACUGGUUCAAAUGGAGAAGCUCUACCAAUGGCUGGUGAUCCUCGUCAACCUAUGAGCCGAAUUGUGCCUAUAUCUUCUUCUCACUUGACCCCUUACCGCAUUGUGAUCAUACUUCGGCUUAUUAUCCUGGGUUUCUUCUUGCAAUACCGUGUUUCCCACCCUGUUAACGAGGCUUAUGGGCUAUGGUUAACAUCAGUUAUUUGUGAGAUCUGGUUUGCCUUGUCUUGGCUUCUUGAUCAAUUUCCAAAAUGGUAUCCUAUCAACCGUGAGACUUAUCUGGACCGACUCGCUAUAAGAUUUGAUCGACCAGGGGAGCCUUCGCAGUUAGCUCCAGUAGAUAUCUUUGUCAGUACGGUGGAUCCUCUCAAAGAGCCUCCUCUAGUGACAGCUAAUACUGUGUUGUCCAUUCUUGCCGUGGAUUAUCCCGUUGACAAAAUAUCUUGCUAUGUUUCGGAUGAUGGGUCUGCAAUGUUGACAUUUGAAUCCCUAUCUGAGACCUCAGAGUUUGCAAGAAAGUGGGUUCCUUUCUGCAAGAAGCACAAUAUUGAACCUAGAGCUCCUGAAUUCUACUUUCAACAGAAGAUAGAUUAUUUGAAAGACAAGAUAGUACCUUCUUUUGUAAAAGAAAGGAGGGCGAUGAAGAGGGAAUAUGAGGAAUUCAAGGUUAGGAUCAAUGCCCUAGUGGCGAAGGCACAGAAAAUGCCAGAAGAAGGUUGGACGAUGCAGGACGGAACUCCCUGGCCUGGAAAUAACCCUAGGGAUCAUCCUGGCAUGAUCCAGGUGUUCUUAGGACACAGUGGAGGGCUUGAUACAGAUGGAAAUGAGCUACCUCGACUUGUGUAUGUUUCUCGUGAGAAGCGACCAGGUUUCCAACAUCACAAGAAAGCUGGUGCAAUGAAUGCUUUGAUUCGAGUGUCAGCUGUUCUUACCAAUGGUGCCUAUCUUCUGAAUGUCGAUUGUGAUCACUACUUCAAUAACAGUCAAGCUGUAAGAGAGGCCAUGUGUUUUAUGAUGGAUCCUGCGUAUGGAAAGAGAACCUGUUAUGUCCAAUUCCCACAGAGAUUUGAUGGCAUUGAUCUGCACGAUCGAUAUGCCAAUCGCAACAUUGUUUUCUUUGAUAUCAAUUUGAAAGCGUUGGAUGGUGUCCAAGGUCCAGUUUAUGUGGGAACAGGAUGUUGUUUUAACAGACAAGCUCUAUAUGGUUAUGAUCCAGUCCUGAGUGAAGCUGAGUUGGAGCCUAACAUUAUUGUAAAGAGUUGCUGUGGAUCAAGAAAGAAGGGGAGAAAAGCAAAGAAGUACAGUGAUAAAAACCGAGGAAUGAAACGAACUGAAUCUAAUGUUCCCAUUUUCAACAUGGAAGACAUUGACGAAGGUGUGGAAGGCUAUGAAGAGGAAAGGUCACUAAUUAUGUCUCAGAAGAGGUUAGAGAAGCGAUUUGGUCAAUCCCCAGUUUUUAUUUCAUCAACGUUCAUGGAGCAAGGUGGGUUACCACAGUCAACCAAUCCUGCAUCUCUUUUAAAGGAAGCCAUUCAUGUCAUUAGCUGUGGGUACGAGGACAAGUCCGAAUGGGGUAAAGAGAUUGGUUGGAUUUAUGGGUCUGUGACGGAGGAUAUUCUAACAGGAUUCAAAAUGCAUGCUCGAGGAUGGAUAUCUGUUUAUUGCAUGCCUCCUCGUCCUGCCUUUAAGGGAUCUGCUCCAAUCAAUCUUUCAGAUCGUCUGAAUCAAGUCCUUCGAUGGGCCUUGGGAUCAGUUGAAAUUCUUCUAAGUAGGCAUUGCCCUAUUUGGUAUGGUUACAGUGGAAGAUUGAGGGUGCUAGAGAGACUAGCAUACAUAAAUACCAUCGUUUACCCUCUCACCUCACUUCCUCUACUUGCAUACUGUAUACUGCCUGCCAUUUGUCUUCUUACCGGCAAAUUUAUCAUCCCUGAGAUAAGCAACUACGCUGGUAUCUGGUUUAUUCUACUCUUUCUUUCCAUUGCUGUAACUGGAAUUCUUGAGCUUCGGUGGAGUGGGGUUGGGAUUGAUGACUGGUGGAGAAAUGAGCAGUUUUGGGUCAUUGGUGGCACAUCUGCACAUCUUUUCGCUGUCUUCCAAGGUCUGUUGAAGGUUCUUGGAGGUAUUGAUACCAACUUCACUGUCACAUCCAAGGCAACCGAUGAUGAUGGGGACUUUGCAGAGCUUUACCUUUUCAAAUGGACUGCACUUCUCAUCCCUCCAACUACUGUCCUCAUUGUGAACAUGGUGGGUAUAGUUGCAGGUGUUUCAUACGCGAUAAACAGUGGAUACCAAUCAUGGGGUCCACUAUUUGGAAAGCUGUUUUUCGCUAUAUGGGUCAUCCUCCAUCUGUAUCCUUUCUUGAAAGGUUUGUUAGGUAGACAGAAUCGUACCCCAACCAUCGUCAUUGUGUGGUCAAUUCUUCUUGCUUCCAUCUUCUCAUUGCUGUGGGUUCGUAUCGAUCCUUUCACUUCUGCUGCAACAAAAGCUGCUGAACGAGGUCAGCAGUGCGGUAUCAACUGUUAAUUUUCCUGAGGAAUCCAUUUUUUUGUCUCCCUGUUAUAUUUUUUCUACUCACCCUUGUGUAAAUAAUAAGGUAUAUCAAAAUCUGCAUAUCAGGGUUAAAGUAAUUUAAGGUACAAAUGUUGUAUCCGAGGGAGAAAUGGGGUGAGGAUACUAUCAUAGAGAGUCCUGUUUUUCUUUUUAAUUCUUUGUUGUGUAUUUCUCUACUCCUAGUCUGAUGUGGAAUCCUUUAGAUUUUAGGUAGACGGCAUCGACUGGAGUUGAAUUUAGUUUUGUUCUUCUUCCUGUGUUUAUAGCUUGUAUUUGUUAAAAAGUGAUUAUUGUGAACAAAAGAAAUGGGUUAGAUGAUGAUGUCAAAGUGAUACUCAAUUUAUUUAUUUAAUAAAUAUAUAUUUCAAAUUUACUCAGGUA